AGAGAUACAACGAGGAAAACAUCCCACGUUCGCCACCUACCUGUUGAAUAUCACCGCACGUUUAAUUUGCAACUUUGGGGUUGGGUUGACGAGUCACUCACUGUCGAAGAACAAAGUCGAACCUGGAAAAAGGAGAGUCAGUCGAGUUUUUGUCGAGGUAAAUGCGGAAGGAAGGAGGAUUUGUGAAAGAGGUAGCCAUUCCAAUGUUCUAGCCGGACAGACAGACCACCGGAUUUAUCAACCGAUCAAACAGAUUUAUUGACGCCAAAAACACAAUGCCUUUAGGACUGAGACGAAAGAAGAACAAGUCGAGAGAGAGCUCGAACCUGGUGGAGAAUGAGGAGGUCGGGGGACACGCAGCUGGGAGCUCCGUGAAGUCGACGGUAAACGGAGCGGGGCUCCCACCACCACCUGCUAACCUGCGGCCCAAACUAGUGUUCCACACUCAGCUAGCCCACGGCAGCCCCACGGGAAGGAUCGAGGGAUUUACUAACGUCAAAGAACUCUACGGAAAAAUAGCCGAUACGUUCAAUUUAAGUCCACCAGAGAUCCUGUUUUGUACUUUGAACACCCAUAAGAUCGACAUGGAGAAGCUGCUUGGUGGUCAGAUCGGCCUGGAGGACUUUAUAUUCGCCCACAUUAAAGGGAUUAAGAAGGAAGUGGAGGUGUUUAAAUCAGAGGAGGCCCUGGGACUCACCAUCACAGACAACGGGGCGGGAUACGCCUUCAUCAAGCGUAUCAAGGAGGGCAGUGUGGUGGACAAUGUGAAGGUGAUCUCUGUUGGAGACCACAUAGAGUGCAUCAACGGGAAGAACAUAGUGGGAACACGUCACUACGAGGUGGCUCGCAUGCUGAAGGAGCUGCCGAAGGAGCAGAAGUUCACCCUCAAACUGGUGGAGCCCAUGAAGGCCUUCGAGAUGCUGGAGCCGAGGUCGAAGGGAGUCAAGCCGGCCAGUGACAAUAAGUUGGGGACAGGGAGAGGGACUCUGAGACUGCGUGCCAAAGGACCUGCUACCGUCGAGGAAAUGCCGACAGAGUUUGAGGAGAAAGCGGUGAAGAAGGUGGAUGACUUGCUGGAGAGUUACAUGGGUAUCAGAGAUACAGAACUGGCGGCGACCAUGGUAGAGGUGGGUCGGGACAAGAAGAACCCUGAUGAGUUUGCCAUGGCUCUGGACGAGGCUCUCGGAGACUUCGCCUUCCCUGACGAGUUUGUGUUCGACGUCUGGGGCGCCAUUGGAGAUGCCAAACAGGGACGUCUUUAAUGUUUUUAACUGAUUACCCAGAUCACCUAGCCUGGUCCAAGACAGCACAAACACAUCUGGGACCAGGCUACCAACCCCUGCUCCAGUGGACAAAUAUCAGCCAGUAGAGAAAGAGGGGUGGGUUUUGUAGGGGUGGGAAUCACCAGGGACAUCACGCAACGACACAACGAUAUGUAUUGCGAUUCUGUGAUUUUAUUCUCAAUUUGAUGUUUCCGAACAUAUUGCUCACUAAAUGUCUGCUGCAGAAGGACAAGCUAGAGAAUGAGGAAAUUAGUUUUAAAAUAAGUCACUAUGUAAAAAAGAUGUAGAACAAACUAUAGGAUGGAAAAUACCAGAAUUUUUUUUGCGCAGGUACAUCCGACUAGCGCUAGCUAACACUACCUUUGAAAAUGAAAAAAAUCGAUACUUAAAGGAGUCAAAGUAUCUACAUAAUAUUAUAAUUUUAUUCCUCUAUUGUUGUUGUUAUUGUUAUUAUUAUAUACACCCUCGAAGACAGAAUCACUUAUUGAUCAGUCAUGUCCCACUCAACCUAUUUCUCUGGAAUACAUCCCAAAUGUAAACACUAUUCCCUGUAUAGUGCACUACAUGGAACCCUAUUCCCUUUAUAGUGCACUACUUGGCACCCUAUUCCCUUUAUAGUGCACUACAUGGAACCCUAU